CAUCGCCGCUUUCUCUGAUCAACAAACACUAUCUCUUACUGAAAUUCCACUCUAUCCCCCGUGGAUCUCUGCUAUCUCUCUUUUCAUCUUUUUAAACCGAUCCUCUUGAACCCAUAGUCAUCAUGUCUGACAUCACCGAGACUAAGCCCGACCCCGCCAUCUCUGCCUCCGAGACCAAGCCUGAGGAGACCACCACCGCCACCGGCGAGGGCGAGCAGUCUACCACUGAGGCCGUUGCCGAGACUGUCACUGAGACCGCUGAGAAGGCUGUCGAGACCACCAAGGAUGCCGCCGUGAAGACCUCUGACAGCAUGUUCUCCAUGUUCGGUGGCGGUCCCAAGAAGGAGAAGAAGGAGGAGGCUGAGGAGCCUACUGAUGAGCCCUCCGGUUCUUCCAAGGCCCAGAAGGCCACUGAGGAGGACGAAGUCGAGGAGUCCGCCGAUGUCCACUUCGAGCCCGUCAUUCGCCUGACCGAGAAGGUUGAGACUAAGACCAACGAAGAGCUUGAGGAGCAGUCCUUCAAGAUGCGCGCCAAGCUCUUCAAGUUCGACCGCGAGUCUAAGGAGUGGAAGGAGCGUGGUACCGGUGACGUCCGCCUGUUGAAGCACAAGGAGAACCAGAAGACCCGCCUCGUCAUGCGCCGCGAUAAGACCCUCAAGGUCUGCGCCAACCACUACAUCGUCCCCGACAUGAAGCUGAGCGCCAACGUCGGCAGUGACCGCAGCUGGGUCUGGAACGCCGCCGCCGAUGUCUCCGAGGGUGAGCCCGAGGCUCAGACCCUGGCCAUCCGUUUUGCCAACAGCGAGAACGCCAACGCCUUCAAGGAUGCUUUCGAGACCGCCCAGGUGGAGAACGAGAAGCUCUUCAACGCUGAAGAGUAAACAAGUCCUUUUCUCUCGUCUUGCUGACUCUUCGAGGAUGAGAUACCCAAUUAUUGUGUACUUGGCGUUCCAAGGCAUUUGGGUCCAUCGUCCCGGAGCUUGCUCGUGAAAAAUCACCACAAUUUCACCCCUUUCACACCGUUCCACCCAAUCAUCACCCCAAUCCAUCCCAUUCCCACCCCAUCCCCUACGACGCGACGAGCGAGGCAGCAGUUAUGAAGAUGCUCCUCGCAUAGCUAUUGCGAGCCAUGCAGUCUACGAAAUGGAGGGCAGUUCCCUAACGUCGGUGGUUCUUCGAAAGUAGAUAGACACUUCCCCAUCGAAUAUACCAGCACAUCACCCCAUACCCUGAAGAUAUCUGAAGAAAAACAAAACAAAGACAAAUAAAAGUAAUGAUGUGUAUGCCUAACAAGCGAGUGUAUGCCAAAAAAUAAUACCAGAUUAUACAUUUUUAAAAUCGAA